AUGGAGCUGUCUGCAGUGGGGGAGCGCGUCUUCGCCGCCGAGUCCAUCAUCAAGCGGCGCAUCCGAAAGGGGCGCAUCGAGUACCUGGUGAAAUGGAAAGGCUGGGCCAUCAAGUACAGCACCUGGGAACCCGAGGAGAACAUCCUGGACUCCCGCCUCAUCGCCGCCUUCGAGCAGAAGGAACGAGAGCGUGAGCUGUACGGGCCCAAGAAGAGAGGACCUAAGCCUAAAACUUUUCUCCUGAAGGCUCGGGCCCAAGCGGAGGCCCUCCACAUUGGGGAUGUACACUUUUCUGUCAAGCCUGGUUCCAGCACCUCCUCUCCCAAGCUCCACUCCAGCGCUGCAGUGCACCGGCUCAAGAAAGACAUCCGGCGAUGCCACCGCAUGUCCCGGCGCCCCCUGCCCCGUCCAGACCCCCAGAAUGGCGGGAGCAUGGGUGGUGGGGCUGGCAUCCGUCCUCCCGUCUCGCCCUUCUCGGAGACCGUCCGCAUCAUCAACCGUAAGGUGAAACCCCGUGAGCCCAAGCGCAGCCGCAUCAUCCUCAACCUCAAAGUCAUUGACAAAGGUGGGAAGCCAGCCAGCGGGGCUGGGGGCCUGGCUCGGCCCAAGAUCCCAUCCCGAAACCGUGUCAUCGGCAAGAGCAAAAAGUUCAGCGAGAGUGUCCUUCGCACCCAGAUUCGCCACAUGAAGUUUGGCACCUUUUCACUCUACAAUAAGCCGUCUGCUGUGCCUGCCCCCUCUCUGGAGGGCAAAGGGGAGGCUGAAGGCUCCCAGGCAGCCUCCUGUGGGCUCAUUAUGGGCUCCACCCCCUAUGAUGCCCCCAGCUCCAGCUCCUCCGGCUGCCCAUCACCCGCCCCUCACUCCUCCUCUGACCCAGAUGAUUCCCCUCCAAAGCUGCUCCCUGAGACCCUCAGCCCAGCCAUCCCCGACUGGCGCGAGUCGGAGGUCCUCGACCUCUCGAUCCCACCCGAGUCAGCUGCCACCAGCAAGCGUUCUCCCCCGGGAGGGUGCGGUGAGGGGCAGACGCCUUCCUUGUCCCUUUCCUCUUCUGACCCGGAGCAGGAGGCUGGCGACUGGCGUCCUGAGAUGUCCCCUUGCUCUAACGUGGUGGUCACGGAUGUCACCAGCAACCUCCUCACCGUCACCAUCAAGGAGUUCUGCAACGCAGAGGAUUUUGAGAAGGUGGCGGCGGGCAGCAGUGGAGGAGGCAGCAAAGUGACAAGCAAGGGGACUGUCUGUGAAGAGCAAAACAGUGGGUCGUUGUAGGGAUACUCCGUGAGGAUCUUCUUCCUGUGAUGAGGAGACGAGGGGACUUGUUGCAGCAGAGCAAUUUGUGCAUUAGAUCCUCUUUGUGGAGAAAGAAAGGAGUAUGAUCCAGCUUGCAGACACAGCUUAACUGCUUGUGUGACAAAUCUCUCCCUGGGUGGGUCACCAGGUGGGAACCAAACCCUGAACCUCUGGAUCUGAGAUGAGGAUCCUGUGCUGUUUUGAGUUAGAGGUUUGCUAACUUAAAUGCAGCAGCAGCCUCAAGUUCCCUCAGGUGGAUGAGCCACUUGAGGCUGACUAACCUACCUUCGUGUUUACGUGGGUUACGCUCUUCCUUCUGAAUUUUUGCCCUUGCUCCUUAAUGGAGAUGGGAAAGAAGAUCCAUCCAUGCCCUUUAAAAAGGGCAUGGGAUUGAGGGAGGAGUUUAUUUGAAAGUAUCCCCUUCCUUUCCCCGUAACCCCUAGAAAAAAAAACAGGGAAAUAUUCUCUGUGUCUGUGCCAUGUUUGUUCUCUUGUCGUCGUGUUUUUAGAGGAGAUUUUAUGAUGGAGUGGAAAAAGUGAAAUGAUUAGUUUUGCAUAAAAAAAGAAAAGUUUAAAAAAAAUUUCUACAGGGAGAGAGAGAGAGUUUAAAAAUGAAUAAUAAAUGCAGUGAUUGCACAAACUGUAGUGGUAUUAGAUGGUCCUUAGAGAAAAGAGUAUUUUGUAGUAUUGAAGCAUGUAUGUCUGGGAUGGUGUUUGGCUUGCUUGAACUGGAGGGAAAGGCAUUCUGGGACUAAGCAGCGGUCUCUGAGCUGAAAAGGCAAGUUGCGUGUUGGAGGAACCCUGUCUACAAACUCUUCCCAUCCUUGCCUCCCAAGUGUUGGAGUGAGUUCCCUUCCCUCCCAUACCUCUCCUGUGAGCUAAGGUGGAGUCUCCAAGUGGUUUUCCGGCCGAGCGGCCCUCAGAAAUGGCCAGUCAUGUUCUGCCAGAACAUGGAUCGGGCCACCAACAUGGAAACAGUUGACUUACUUUGCAUGCACAGCAAGCUGCUAAGAUUUGGGGUUGGCAUGUACCUUUCCUGCCAAGUCGCUGUCUCGUCUCUUUUUCCCUCCCCCAUAUCCAAGCAGGAUUAAACAUGGUGGGCUUAUCUCCCAGGAAGCAGAUACACCUCCCCUCUGUAGGGUCUCUUAACUUCUUCCAGCAUCAGGUGGGGAGUGGCAUUUUUCCAUAUAGGAUUCACCACAUCAGGACAGAGAACCGAGUCCCAUCUGUAUGUAGUCCGUCUCUGACAGUAGUCAGAUCUUCAGAGGCAGAUGAGAGAGCUGCCUUGUGUGCUCUGGAGGUGUUGCCGAGUGAGGCAUACCCUCUUCUUGAGGCCAGCAAACGCUGGAGGUUUUGGGGUGGGGAGGGGAGAGGAACACCUUGACAGCAGUGUGCUUGCAUAGGGCUGCUGCCUUCUGCUCCGACUUCUUGCGGUGUGGCAGGGAAGAUUUGCCCAAGUGUUUCUUCAAAGCGAGGAGGCAGCUCUUGCAUGCUGGCUUCCCCAUCCAAGAUGUCUCUGCUGGGCGUUCAUCUAGUGCGUGGGAGUGACUGCAGGGAAGAAGGAAGCCACCAGAUGUUGGUGUCUGAACAGGAGGUGGCAUGCAGGGGAUGCUAGGACAGCUUUUCUUGUCUGGACUUCUCUGGUGCCCUUGGCUUUGCAGUGGCAGCUGACGGAUGUCUCUGCCUAACGUAGCCUGGGCUGCUCUUGGGAACUUCUCCUCUCUCUGCCCAUCGAGCUCUGCCAGUGCUUCCCACAGCCUUCAGCCUGGAGCAGCAGUCUCGUGUCUCAUGCUCUCUUUUCUCCUCGCUGAGCAGAGCGGGACUGGGGAGGCAUGAAGCUAAUGAGAUGCAAGCUCCUUUUGGGAUGGAAAACAGAAACAGAGUGUGGCAAGCAGGCCCAGCUGUGGUGAGCCACUGCUUAAUUUCCCUUUUCAAAAGAGAAAGGGAGCGUUUUUCUGUGUCUCCCCUUACCGAAGUUCCCAGGGAGAUUUUAUGAAAUAAAACCAAAACCAACCACAAUCCUGCUUUUUACCAGGUAGGAGCUGCCUCUGAGCUGAGUCUUCCUAGGGAUUUCACUCCCUUUCCCAGCCCCUCUUUGUAGAGGAGGUUUUGGCAGCUCCCAGCGUUUGGAGAUGAUCACCUUCCUGGGGACCUCCUGGCAGAAAGAGGUUGCCACGCUGAAGGAUGGUGUCCCAAGUCCCCCACACUUCUGCCCACCCCAGGUCAUGGCAUUAGUAGGGCUGCUUGGGAGCAGGUCCCUCUUCCCAGGGAGGUGUAACGAACCUGGAGUGCGUGUCUGGCUAAGUGCUUAUUUUUCCCCUCGCCUCCUUCCCCACCUUCCGACAAGACCUUUUCCUCCUUGCCUGGCACAUCCUUUUACUCCAAUGUCACUUGCUUUUGCUGCAUUUUUCAAUUGCCCAAUAAUUGUGCAAGAGCUGGGAUCUUAUUUACUUUUUAUAUAUAAAAAUAUAUAAAAGAAACCCUCUCCCCUCCCCUUGUUCCCCCCCAUCUUGCCCACUGCCCUGCACGCAGCCUUCCUGAUCUCUGCUUUGAAGGUGGUGUGCUGUAGAGGGUUGAUUUGGGGCCGGGGAUUUGGUGCCUCCUGGGUUCUGUUCCUUCUUGGUUUGCCGUGGCCUUUCUGCCAGCUGUGUCACUGCCCUGUACCUCCAUCUCCCUCGUGCGAAGGGGGUGGUGGGUGGAGGGGACCAUCCUGCUGAGGGUGCUGGCAGGCUGACUCCCAUGGCAUUUGCACAGAGCCAAGGAGUGCCAAGUAUUGCUUCAGAAAUCCCCCUCUCCCUGUCCAUGCUGCCUUCCCUAGGUAACUCCAGCAAGUAUCUUCAUUUCAUCGAUGCUUUGGGGUUGAGCAAAUAAGUGGCUUUAUUUUCUUUUCUUACUUCUGUUUUUUAGGUCCUUCCCCAGAGCGCAAUGUGUAUGGUUUCUUUUUGGGGGUGUAGAUGGGAGGAGAUGUUGGAAUCUAUCUCUCUCCUCACCUUUGCCCUUCUGUCCUCUACUUCUCUCCCCUUUCGAUGCUGCCCUGUGUCAGACUGACAUGGCUAGUGGGGUUUGCACCCUUGUCUGUGCAGGGUCAACAGUCUUGGCACCAGCAGCUUCGCAUGUGUUCUGCAUGGUGCAUCUCGGGUGCCCUGUGUCCCACCUGCCUCGCCUAUAAGGAUGUCGCAGGGCCCCGAGUUCUUUUUUCUCCCUUUCUUUAAACUUCUACUUCCAGGAAUGAAGGGAGGUGUAGUCAGCUUGCCCUUCCCGUGGUGGUGGGCUGCCUCUGGCAGUUCUUCUGUCCCUUCCAGCUUCUCUGUGGUGGGAAACUAAAUGUGUCCAGGACCAUUUGAAAGCAUGGGUCUUGGGGUGAGAGCCCCUCCACCUCGGGUGAGUGCUGUGCUUUGAGCCCUCUCCCUCCAGGCACCCAUCCGAGAGUGUCGGCAGAGGUGGUGCUCAGGGUAGAGGAGUGGGCAUGCCCUCUGCGCUCCUGGGCCGAGCGGAGCAGGGAAGUGGGCAGCAAGCAUGGUUCUGUGGUGUAGGGAAGAAGUAAGGCGACAGAAGAGCAGCUAAACGCAGUCAGGGUGAUGCCAGCUUCAGCAGUGGCUCAGAAAACGUAUCUGGCAGGAGGGAAGGGGUAUGGUCGGGACAAGUAGCUGAAGCGUUAAUUCCCAUUGCAGGGCCCUGGUUCUUGACUUUGUUCCUUGUUCAGCUGAGCACUUAGAGCUUGUACUAAACCGCAGGAGUGCAGUUGGGUGCAUCAAAGCACUUUGUGGGGCUUCGGGGCCUUCUAGGACUAGCCUAGCAGCCCCCCCGCUGCGCCCACUCUCCAGGGGUGCCAAGGGUUUCCUUCUGGGCAGAGCAGCAGGUAGGUGCCCUUUCACAGGUAGGUUGCUCUUCAGCUGUCCUCGGGGGAGCCUGCUGCUUCCAGCCCCCUGGCUGCAAAGGGGGAUGUAGUCUUAGAUCAAGUUCUCAAAUGGAACAAAAAAAAAAAAAAAAAAAAUCAUCAUGAUGACUUUCUUUAGAAAAAAGUUGUCAGGCCCAUGUCCCCCCCAAGCUAAUCAACUUGGUAUGCUCUUCUUCUCUUCCCUGCCAUUAAUCCUUGUACGCUCUUUAAUAGAGGACUCUUUCUCUGUUUUGGGGUAAUUUUUCCCCGUUUGUUUCCUUUUUGGAUAGAAAGUUGUCUGGUGGUGAUGGAGGACAGGGGCCUGCUUCAUCUGUUCCUUCCUUUCACCUUCCCCGGUGCCAAGCUUAGGCUCAAAUCCUGCAGAUUCCUGCAAAUACUGAACUUCAAGCAGGCAAGCUACCCCACUGAGCUCUGUGGUACUUGGGUGCUUCAGAAUUCUGCCUGUGCUUGAGUUUUGGCAGCAUCAGAGCCUCAUCCUUUCUCUUAGAGAAGGUCAGACCUAACUCCUAGAGUGCUGGUGGUUCUGGUGCAACUCAUCUGUCUUUUUGUUUCCCCUCACUUGACAUACAGAGUGAAGGCGGUAAUUUUUUUAAUUUAAA